CCUUGAUUGUCAGCGUUAGUCAUAUUAUUCAGCAGACCGGCAUAAAUAACACGUUUAACAUCAAAGUUCACGUUUAUUGACGCACGCCAUCACGCCCCAUCGAUGCGUCUAAAAAUACCCGCGUCUUGCAGUCUAUCGGUUUCCGAACGCACCUCCAGUCUGCUGGAAGCCGCCAUUGCAAUCGCAACUUUGCCGCGCUUUUCGCAACAUUUUCGUAAAAUACUUUUUUUAUUUCAAACAACUGAAAUUAUAGUGUUAUUUAAAUUUAUAUUGAAAGGUGAAUUUUUUGAAUAAUGAUGGUGUUGAAAAUGGGCUUGAGAUUGCCGCCUAUGAUUUUAUUGGUAUUUAUUUGUGCGGUCAUGGCGAAGGAUUCGGCGGAAAUGACGGAGCCUGUUGGAGAGACUAAACAUACUGCUAAGGUCAACACUGGCGCCCCCCUGAUGUUCGCCGACGAACUAAAACAGACCCUGGAGAAGUACCUCUUCGGGAUGUGUCCGAGCGGCUACAAGUAUCUUUCGCAGAUGCCUAAGCCGAAGAACGCCACCACUGUCAGCUGCGACCUUGACACGGAGCAGCAGGACCUCGCUGGAAGAUUAGCGGCCCUAGCGCUCCGAGCACAUUCGGCCGGUCGCGGCGAGUGCUCGCGGCUCGGCGUCGCGCUCGCGAACACGUUCGGCGAGCUUGCUCGUACUGCUGCGAACAGGCACGCGCUUAAUCAAGCAGCGACAAACGACGCUAACAAGAAGCGUAAGCUCUCAAAGAGCCAGAAAGCGAAGAUCCAGGCGAAGCAACGGACCGCGCUGGCCGUCAAAAAGAAGGCUGCUGCCUUAGCCGCCGCGGCUGCUGCCAAAAUGUCCGCGUAG